AGGGAGCAUAUACUGUACUGUAUAUUUCGCCACCGCCUACGCUUAAUGUUGAAUGUCUGUGUAGAGAGAGAGAGAGAGAGAGAGAGAGAGAGAGAGAGAGAGAGAGAGAGAGAGAGAGAGAGAGAGAUGAUAUGAACUGAAGAAGUGGUAACACUGAGACAAACCUUGUAAACGCUCAGUUUGCAAGAGUAGAUGUCAUGGUGAAACUGUUGGUAUUACAAUGACAAUGAACUGGUUUGUGUCUGUAUGAGAAUGUAACAGAACAUACAAAGAGUGGAAGCAGAAUAGAUAUCGAGUCAAAAGAAAACAUUGAUGAGCCGAAGCCAUGGCAACAGAGGCAGAAGAUGGCACUGCGCUGUCAUGCCACCACAUCCCUCGACCACUCCAGAGGAAAUGAGCUACACUUGCAUCACUUCCGUUUCAAACAAAUGCACUCCGGUGUUGAUGACAGAGAUGGGCAAAUGAAAGUUCAUUUACAGACCGGCUGGAAGUGAGAGAAGAGGCCGCCCAACAAGAAUGCCAGUGUUUUUGGAAAUCACCGCAAACAUGGUCCAGUGAUGUGAUAAACCUUUCAGAAGAGGUUGAGAAACCAGUCAAUUAAGUCCCGCCAUGACAAUACCUAUCCCAGUAAAGCAGCGGAAACUCAGGAAAACAUCAAGAAGAACAGAUAUAAGGACAUACUUCCAUGGGGUGACAGGUGCCAAGGCUUACAUUGCUACUCAGGGUCCAUUACAUCACACAGUGCUGGACUUCUUGAGGAUGGUGUGGGAGUAUGACAUAAAAGUUAUAGUAAUGGCCUGCCGAGAAUUUGAGAUGGGAAAGAAAAAGUGUGAGCGUUAUUGGCCACAUAAGGAAGAGAAGUCAUUUGUCUGUGGGCCCUUCAUCAUCUAUUGUGAUUGUGAAGAAGACAAAGGAGCCUAUCUGACAAGGACAUUAAGAUUGACAUGUGACAAUUGUCACCGAACGUUGAAACAGCUGCACUAUGUUAAGUGGCCAGACCAUGGCGUACCAAAUUUUAUUCCCUCCAUUUUGGACAUGCUGGAGGAGAUGCGUACCUAUCAGUCCCACGAUGACAUCCCGAUGUGCAUCCACUGCAGUGCUGGAUGUGGUAGAACAGGAGUCCUUUGUGUCAUCGAUUAUACUUGGAACCUUCUUAAGAAAGGGAUGAUCACUUCAGAUUUCAAUAUAUGUGACUUAGUUCAUAUCAUGAGAACCCAAAGGCCAUCUGUGGUUCAAACCAAGGAACAGUAUGAAUUAGUCUAUAGCAUCAUCAGGUUACUGUUUGAGAAAUACUUGCUUUCCAUGGAUGAACAGAGCUGCAAAAAUGAGGUAACAAUGGGAACGUCUACGAGGGAGCAAGAUGUUGUAAGUGAGGACACACAACUGGAGAGCAUCUGCGAUGAGGAAAUCAACAACAACUGGCAGAAAGAGACAAUGGUGCCUUCUGCUCCAGAGAAUAAUCACCAUGAUCAACCACACAUACUUCUUGGAGCCCCAACUACCCACCAGGACGGGCAUGGAACUUCACCUAAAGCGGUCCACACUGGACAAGAAGUGAUUGCAGUAGAGAACAUGCAGCACGGCAACAACUUUCCGAACCGUCAAGCGUCACCCAAUGCAGCAGCCGCCAUCUGUCUGAUGGUGGAGGACCCCUACUUUGACAAUGCAACACCUGCGAAAAAGCGAUGGGCCGUUGGUCCAAUCUUCAGUAAGCCCUCGUUGCCUCUGAAUGACCACACACCGAGGUCUCACUCUACUUUCGACACAGGAGCUCAUACUGAUGUAGACACACCUCCUCCUCUGCCCGAACGAACCCCUGAAUCCUAUCAACUAGCUGUCGACAUAGAACACUCCGAUUCCUCAGACAGGCUAACUGUCAUCAUUCCACCGAAUGCGAUUGCUGAGACUGUGCAGUGUGACCCGGGGGCUCCUGUUGCCAGUCAGCAAGAGGUCACACCAGUAGCAAAUCUAAACAGAAUUGGGACUUCCUCAGAGUGGUCAGGUACUUCAAAGCUGGUGGGCGACUCAUUAGAGCGAGAAACAAAGACAUGGGUGAGGAGUAAGAGUCUGAGAGCAAAAAUGACUUUCACAGAGCCACUGACUCCAGUGUGGCUGUCACCCACAUCUCCUGUUGCUGAGGGAGGAAGUGCACAAGUUGAAGGGUGUGACGUCAACCAAAUGGCCUCUGUCACUGAUGGUGGGACAACAAGAGACACAUCUGAAAAAAACAAUGAGAAGGGCCCAUCCGGUGAAAAGAGUCUGAAAUUUUUCAGAGAUAAGCAGAAAACAAAGUCAGCGACUCCACGUCUACUGCCGUCACCUCCAAAGGGAGUCGUAACCUCAUUGUUCCAAUUUGGAUUUAGGAAAAGGUUAGGAAAGCCAAAAGGACCGAGGAAUUAUCCACAAAACUGGUUCUAAAAUGAUGUUCCUCUCCCAAAAUGAUGUCCUUCAAUAGUGUUGAUGUGUGCUGUCGCUUUUGGUCUCUCAGAGCCUCCUGCGAGACGUUUGCUGAAGUUCACAUUUUCAUCGAAAAAGGAUCAGCACAUUUCCUGUUAAUAACUUGAUGUGAAUGUAUUGUUUAUGCCUCUCACCAGUGGAUUUUAUUUCUUUUUCUGGUCAGUGCUCCACCACCAGCAAUUCAUUCUCAGGGCCAGUUUUCUUUUCUUUCUUUUUUUUAAUUUAACUUUACUCCGAUUGCAUUUUGGAGAACCAAAUGUCUUCAAUAAAACUUUUGAAGUUUGGA